CCCCCCGCGAUCAUCAGGCCAUCAAGAUCAGUGUCGUCAUGAGCAACCUCACCCGUUCUGACAGCUAUCGGCAGACAACCUCUCACGAUCUUUUUUUUUCUUUUUGCCUUGCGGAUCGCAAGCGCAAGAAAGGAAGACGGAGAUUAGAAUAUUUACAAAAAGAUAAAAGCAAGGUAAACCUCCAGAAUCAUCGGCACACCAUCAUUCCCCCAAGUUUGUGCACCUAUCCAAAAAGAAGCGAGGCGGACUACUAUUUCGCGCUGUGCCAUCACUUCUUCAGCUCAACAAUCGCUUCGUUUCUCAUCAGAUUAUUCGGCCGCCAUGGGCGUCAUACUAGCCAUCAAUGCCGGCUCCAGCUCCGUCAAGAUCUCGGUCUACCUGGCGGACAAGGGAAAAGCGCCACGUCAGAUUGCUGAAUCUCAAGUGGAUGGUCUUACAGCUCCUCCGGCCCAACUGAAAUAUUCGCGAGCGGAUGAGACCAUAAUAAAAGGCAAAAAUGUGGACACUGCCGUCAACAGCCAAGAUGAUGCCUUUGCCUUGUUGCUCAAGACACUGGUGGACGAUGCUGAAUUGAAAGAGAUUGGCUCCAAGUCAGACGUCUCCAUUGCCUGUCACCGCAUUGUCCACGGCGGCGACUAUGGCGAGGCCCAAAUCAUUACUCCAGACACAUACCACCAUCUGGAAGCCCUCAGCGACCUCGCUCCCCUGCACAAUGGUGCUGCGCUUGCAAUUGUCGAUUCGUGCAUGAAGCAGCUCCCCGAUGCGACCAACGUUGCUUGCUUUGAUUCGCAAUUCCACUCUACAAUUCCCCCUCACAUUUCUACAUACCCCAUCGACCCAACGAUAGCCAAGAAGAACAAGCUGCGCAAAUACGGCUUCCACGGCAUCAGCUACGCCUUCAUUUCGAGGUCCGUGGCUGAUUUCCUCGGCAAAGACCUCAAGCAACUCAACAUCAUCGCCCUUCAUCUCGGAAGCGGGGCCAGCGCUUGUGCCAUCAAGAACGGCUUGAGCUGGGACACAAGCAUGGGAUUGACCCCGUUGGCCGGGCUCCCUGGUGCGACCCGCAGUGGAAGCGUAGAUCCUAGCCUAGUAUUUCAUUACGCCAGCGAUGUAGGGAAGCUCUCUCCAGCCUCAACGGAGAAACUCCACAUAUCCACAGCCGAGGAGAUCCUCAACAAGCAAAGCGGCUGGAAAUCCCUUACGGGCACUACCAAUUUCGGCACCAUUGCUGCCUCGGAUGAACCCCAGCAUCGCCUCGCUUUUGAUUUAUUUGUGGACCGCGUCUGUGGGUUCAUUGGGAGCUACUAUGUCUCGCUUGGAGGCCGGGUAGAUGCACUCGUGUUUGCAGGCGGGAUUGGCGAGAGGAGUUCCCGGCUUCGAGAUGCCGUCGUUGGCCAAGCAAGCUGCUUGGGUUUCGCCAUUGAUGAGGUAUUCAAUAAUGCCGAGGAUGGCGGCAGUGCAGCGGUGCGGGAUAUAAGCAGCAAAGAUUCCCAACACCGCGUCCUCGUCUGCCAGACGGAUGAACAAUUUGAGAUGGCUAGGGCAUGCACGGAUAUGGAAGCACUUUGGACAUGAGAGAUGGGGAUUCUACAAGACUCUUGGUGGUAGACGUCUAGUAUAUAGUAUAUAGAUGUAUACAUAUGUUACUCUCUCUAUAUAUACCUAUACAUAUGCGUGUGUGGAAUUCUUCUUGCC